AUGGCGAACAAGAGCAACUACAGCCUGUGGAUCGGGAACAUCCCGUUCGAUGUGACUGAGCGGGAGCUGCACGAAAUUUUGUCCAAGGUGGGACAAGUGGUAAGUGUGCGCAUCAAGUACGACGUUGAUAAGAACAUCAGCAAGGGUUUUGCCUUUUGUGAGUACAAGGAUGUGGAGACUUGCAUGUUGGCUCUGAAGUAUAUUAAUGGAUAUGAAUUGAAGGGGCGGAAGCUACGCUUGUACUGGGCGAACGAGGAAUUUAAGGAGAAGCUGGCCAGUGGCGCCAUCUCAGGGUUUGGCAGUGGUGGUCUGUUAUCCAGGGGUAGAGCAAAUGAACAUGUGGGAAAACGUAGCGGAAUGGGUUUGCCUCCCCUCAAUAAGGGCAGUGGUAAAUUUGACACACCCAUGGAUUCAAAUAGUCAUUAUAACAGGAAAGGGAAAGGACAACAGCUACCCCACUCCACAAACACACAAAGAAACAUAAAGGACGAACCAUGUCACAAUAGAAAUAGCGAGACUAGUAUCUACAACGAAAGUAAUAUGAAAAAAGUGUUAAUAUCAAAUCUGAUUCAUACAUUAACCACAUCCCAAAUUAUGUGCAUCUUGAGUUUUUUUAAAAAGCAUGCUAUGGAAAAUCCGGGAAUGAUGAAAUUUUAUUUUCAAAGGCAUAAGAAUGUGGCGUAUGCACUGCUGCACUGUCUGUUCCUCAUGAAUGUGAUUAAUGAGUAUACCAUGGCGAAGAAUGACCUGCAUAUAAUGAUCAGUGACGAGGCGUUGGUGAACAAGGCCGAGCGAAUGACACAAAUGAGACGAAGCGGGAAAUUAAAAAUAGGGUUAGGAGGUGAUGUUCAGGACGGGGGGAUGAAACAUACAGAAGGGGAGGAGCAAGAGGAGGACUACAGCCUGUACCAACGCCAUAACCCCUCGCUCCUUUCACAUGUGAAAAGUAAUAGAAGGGGGAAACUGGCCGUGGAGAAUGUCAAUUGUGAUUUUAGUGAAGAUAACCCCAUGGGGGGAAGUACGUAUGGUGGUCCUGCAUCUCAUGUGCUUAACGUAAAAGACAACCCACCUUAUGUGGGAGGAUCGGCAGGAGGCAAGACGAAACCAAAACGGGGUGGCGGUACUACUACGACCACCCCGGGGUUGUAUGCCAGCACGAAUAAGAAGCUGUCUACCUUUGGUAACGGAAAAGGAGGCAUAUCGAAUGGGGAAGAAACAGAAGAGUAUGCAGGAAGGGAGGUGAAGUACGGAGGGCGUGCAGAUCAGUUGGGUGUGAAUAAUUCCCUUUACCCAGAGGGGAACAGUCACACUGGUUCUAAUAUGAAGCAGAGGAGGAAGGGGAGGAUGAUGAAGGAGUUGUACGCAAGUGCUGCUGGAAGCGGGACGUCUCAAACAUAUAGAAGCAACUUUGAGCAGCUUCCAGAUGGGAGGUACAACGACAACAAUGUGGGAGUCAAUGCAGGAGGUAGCCAACUGAAUAAUAAUAAUGAGGGGUCUGAGUUUAAAUUAAAUUACGCAUCUGAUUAUGGCCAAUUUGAUACCUCGAUGGGGAUCAAUCAUGCGGUUCGUGUUGGAGGAGGGGACAUGAACAACCUGGUUGGUCAUGCGGAUCGGAGGUACAAUGUUUCCCGUGGGGGUGGCAGCGAUGUAGGGAAUGAUGAGGGGGGAUUAACCGGUUUGAAUAAAUGUAAGGGAGGGGAAAGGGUUGUCCACCCAUUUGAUAAGGCCUCCACGGAGAGGAGCGAGUUAGACAUGCGCAGUGACAUGCAAGACAUGGUGAGCGAUGUGAAUGGCCAAGGGAAACCUCCAUACUCUGUGAAUUACGUCGAGGUGGAUGGAAGGAGUGGAAACAGUAAUGGACUCAUUUAUGCAGAGAAAAAAAAAAAACCUAAUCGCCAGGGUGUUUAUGGUAGUAGUGGUAGUUACGUGGGGAGAGGUGUGGAGGGGGAUGUCAGUGUCGGGUCGGCGAUGCAGGGGCCUCCCAACGAGAGCGUGCUUUCGGACCCCACCUACGCCAACGUGGAGCUGCCGGACGACGAACUGGUCAACGAGGUGGUGAAGAACAGAGACAUCCUUAACAACAUUUUGAAGUCACGUGUGGAGGAUAUGAAGAGUUGGAGUACCGAGCAGCGUGUGCAGGUUUUGUCCAUCCAGAAGGCGCUGCAGCUGAAGGGGUACGCGUUGCACUGA